GUCACUGCCUCUCGCGACUGCAUUUAAAUUCACCAAACCAGUGAUGAGCCAGCGUGUGCCUCCAACCUCGCGGCACACGUGACACAGACGCUCGCCGCCGACACGGUGACGUCGCCAUGGCUGCCGCCGCCGCCGCCGCCUCACUCUCCGUCUCCGACGCCGCCGCUAAGCUGCCCAAACCGGGAGGGCAAGUGCAACGGCGACGCGACAGGGAUCGUCCACGCGUGGAUGCUGCCGCCUGCACCCGCGACAGCCGCCGUCCCACGCGCGAGAGGUGCUCGACGACGGUGUCCCUCGCCGCGACCGCGACCGCGACAACGGCCACGCCCGUGCGCGCGCCGGUCCGGACGCGGGCGCCCAUGGGGCAGCGGAAGGGCGCGGACAUCGUCGUCGAGGCGCUGGAGCGGUGCGGCGUCCGCGACGUGUUCGAGUACCCGGGCGGCGCGUCAAUGGAGAUCCACCAGGCGCUGACGCGGUCGCCGGUGAUCCGCAACCACCUGCUCCGCCACGAGCAGGGGGAGGCCUUCGCGGCGUCCGGGUACGCGCGCUCGUCGGGGCGGCCGGGCGUCUGCGUCGCCACCUCCGGCCCGGGCGCCACCAACCUCGUGUCCGCGCUCGCCGACGCCCACCUCGACUCCGUCCCGCUCGUCGCCAUCACGGGGCAGGCCCCGCGCCGCAUGAUCGGCACCGACGCGUUCCAGGAGACGCCCAUCGUCGAGUUCACCCGCUCCAUCACCAAGCACAACUACCUAAUCCUCGACGUCGACGACAUCCCCCGCGUCAUCAACGAGGCCUUCUUCCUCGCGUCCACGGGUCGCCCCGGCCCGGUGCUCGUCGACAUCCCCAAGGACAUCCAGCAGCAGAUGGCCGUGCCGUCCUGGGACGCGCCGAUGCGCCUCCCGGGGUACAUCUCCCGGCUGCCGAAGCCGCCGGCCGCCAACCUGCUCGACGAAGUCAUCCGCCUCGUCGGCGACGCCGAGAGGCCCGUCCUCUACGUCGGCGGCGGGUGCUCCGCGUCGGGCUACGAGCUGCGGCGCUUCGUGGAGCUGACGGGCAUCCCGGUGACGACCACCCUCAUGGGCAUCGGGAACUUCCCCAGCGACGACCCGCUCUCGCUGCGGAUGCUCGGGAUGCAUGGCACUGUGUACGCCAACUACGCCGUCGACAACGCCGACCUCCUCCUCGCGCUCGGCGUGCGCUUCGACGACCGCGUCACCGGCAAAGUCGAGGCGUUCGCGAGCAGGGCCAAGAUCGUGCACGUCGACAUCGACCCGUCGGAGCUCGGGAAGAACAAGCAGCCGCACGUCUCCAUCUGCGCCGACGUCAAGCUCGCCCUGCAGGGCAUGAACGCGAUGCUGGAAGAACAGAGCGCCGCCGCCGCGCGCAAGAACCUCGAUUUCAGCGCGUGGCGCUCGGAGCUGGAGAAGAAGAAGGUCGAGUUCCCACUGGGCUACAGAACGUUCGGCGAGGAGAUCCCGCCGCAGUACGCCAUCCAGGUGCUCGACGAGGUCACCAACGGGGAGGCCAUCGUCGCCACGGGCGUCGGGCAGCACCAGAUGUGGGCGACGCAGCACUACACCUACAGGAGGCCCAGGCAGUGGCUCUCGUCCGCCGGGCUGGGCGCCAUGGGCUUCGGCCUGCCUGCCGCCGCCGGCGCCGCGGUGGCCAACCCGGGCGCCACCGUGGUCGACAUCGACGGCGACGGCAGCCUCCUGAUGAACAUCCAGGAGCUCGCCAUGGUCCGCGUCGAGGACCUGCCGGUGAAGGUGAUGGUGCUGAACAACCAGCACCUGGGCAUGGUGGUGCAGUGGGAGGACAGGUUCUACGACGCCAACAGGGCGCACACCUACCUCGGCAACCCGGCGGCGAACGGCGGCGGCGAGGUGUACCCGGACUUCGUGACGAUCGCCGGAGGCUUCGGCAUCCCGGCGGCCCGCGUGACGAGGAAGGGCGAGGUCCGCGCCGCCGUCGAGGAGAUGAUGGCGGCGCCGGGGCCGUACCUGCUGGACGUCGUCGUGCCUCACCAGGAGCACGUGCUGCCGAUGAUCCCCAGCAAUGGCGCUUUCAAGGACAUUAUCGUCGACGGUGAUGGCCGGAGUUCGUAUUAGUUCUGAACUUCUAAUAUAUGGGACUAUCCGUACAUUUAUCGUCUAAAAAUGUGUUAUCUAUAAAUAUAGUACCAUAGUAAUGUAAUUACAUUGUAACUAUAUAUAAUUGUUCUAUAACUUUCGUUAGUUUUGAACCACUCCUUUUCUCAAUGGACUAAGCAGUGUUGUGCUGAUUGUGGCAUCCAAGAGGCAAAGCUCAAAUAAAUUCAUGUGGUGUA